UCUGAAAGUUGUUCUGACUGUGAAUGUUUAUAUUGCGGUAAAUUGUACUCAAAGUCAAUUGAAGGUUGGGCCGCUUGUUCCAUGUGCAAAAAAUGGGCAGACAAUUCUUGUGCGGCAAUAGAUAGCGAAGAUGAGCCUCAUCAUCUUGAAGAUGAUGAGGCUGUUCUAGUGUGUGCAUUUUGUGAAUAGACUGAACCGAAAUCCAUGAAACACAAAAUCAAAAUUAUUUUUUAUGCAUUUUUACUAGUUUUAUGUUUUUGUAAUUAUUUGUCCUUACUGCCCCAUGCCCGGGGCAGAACGGGGUAAAUGACAGUACUCAUAGAAAAUUUUGCAUAUGUUUUAAUUAAUCCUUUUGUAGUUUAAAACAUAUUUUUAAGUUGGUACCCCAUUCUGCCCCGAGUUCCCCUACGAUGAAUCGCACAAAUUCGUGGUCUCUUACCAAUUUUUUUUAGGUAAGGGUACACCGGCUUUCUAUAUUUUAAUUUUUCUGCAAAUUUGUGUAUGCUUCCGUACUAUUAUGGGUAACUACAUACACGUAACACCAUGUUUCAACGUGUUUAUUCUUUAUUGAUAGAAUCAACUACUAUAAAUAGUUAUAAAACUUUUAGUCUAACGUGUUACUUUUCAUGACAACAUGAGAUCGAACAAUAUGGCGUGUUGUAUAUUGGGUCACAUAUCUUAUACUAUAACAAAAAUGAUUAUGGGCCAUAAUAUAAUCAUAACAUAACCUUAAAAGUUGAAUAGAGAAUGGCGAGGACGUAGAAUUCGUUUUUGUUAUAAACACAUGCAAAAUUGUAGGGUUGUGCAAAAUCAUCUGAAUAUAAAAGCAUGGAGUAACAGGAUAUAAAUUUAAGGUUACAACUAUCCUGGUGGCCCUUUCAUUACAGAACCAUGUUACAGAAUAAAUCAAGUUGAUUUGUAACAUGUUAUACAGCACAUUUUCUUUGGUGAAGCUCUAUACAUUAUUAUUAAGUGGAAAAUAGUAUGUUUACAGACAAUAUUCUACCUCAAAAGGACAUUCACCUUACUCGUGAUAUCACCAAAGAGUUUGCAAUAAAUAUGCCACCACAUCGAAAAUCCUGUCAAGAUAAUGAAACAACAAUCUUAACACAUAAAUUUAAUGAUGAGGAUAAUCCAGAUCUCUUAAUUUUUAAAUCUAUUUCUUCCUAUAUGUGCCAUAAAGAAUGUGAUAAUUGUUUAAAAAUAUUUUCUGCAAUCGAAACUCUAGAGAAUGAUAUCAAUUUAGAAAACAUAGCAAUAAAUGGAAUUAAGAACACCGAUCUUCAUACAAUUAAACCUAACUCUUCAACUAAACCACAAGAUAGAAACAUAAAUUUAUAUUGUUCAUCCUGCAAUUUUAUCUCAAAAGAAGAAACUGAUUUAAUGGUUCAUUCUAAAAUGAUUCAUCACGAUCCCAAUCCUUUUAAAUGCACCUCUUGCGAUGACGAAUAUCCAACUUAUGUUCAGUUAGGAAAACAUUUAGAAGAACACCUUGAAUCAAAUAACAAGAUUACUUGCCGACGAUGUUCAAAUUCAAUUACUAUUGAAGAGAUUAUGUUACAUCUAAAUUUAUGUAAAAAGUAUCUACCAUAUGAAUGCCAGCAAUGUUCAAAAUGUUUUGCCAUAAAUGAGACUAGAUUGAAUCAUGAAAACGGACACAACAAGAUGUGUGAUUAUUGUAAUAUAUGUUUCUUUUUACUAGAGGAUUAUGAGAACCAUUUAAAAGAUGUUCAUAUUAUGAAUAAGGCGUUUAGAAUGGAUGCGGUGAAUUUGAUUUCUAGGGAUAGUGAAGGGGGAUCAAGUGAUGCAACAACCAAUUCGGAACCGUUAAUAAUAGUGGAUUGCGAGGAUGACAUCGAGCAUCACGGUGAUCGUACUCAAAAUAAAGAAAAUCAACACAUACCCAAUAAUGCCAUAAAAUGUAGAAACUAUAAAAUUCAAAGAGACGGAAUGAUAUGCUUGUAUUGUCCAGAAAUUCUUCCUACCAUUAGAUCGUUAGAGAACCAUUGCAGUAAAGUACACAAUCAAGGACUAAUUUACGAAUGUUUCACUUGCAAUAAACGCUUUUCAUCUAUAAUCGAUCGUAGAUUACAUUUACGUCAAAAUCACAGCGGUUCUAUUAUCGUUUGUAAAUAUUGUAAAGAGUCUUUAACUAACGAAAUAAAAGCGAAUAUGCACAUUUUAAAUUGUACUGCAAGAUUAAAAAUAAGUUACGAAUGUUUUACUUGUAAUGACCAGUUUAAAACGACGAACGAACGGAAACACCAUUUACUUUUAAUACAUGAAUCUUAUUCACAAGUUUUUUGUAAAAUUUGUAAAAAGUAUAUUUGCGAAAAAGAAAUUAACACUCACGUUUUGGAUUGUGUUCAAACUUCUUCAUUUAAUCAAAAGUACUGUGAAGAACAGGACGAAAUAAUUUCUGUAAUUGAUUCGGAAAAUGAUUUCGAUGAUGAUCUUUUGAAACCACUUCACUCUGAUUAUGAAGAUAUUUGCAAUGAUAUUGAAACGUUCGAGGGUACAACAAGUACUCCAAAUGAAAGUCUUUAUUACAGUAUUCGAGAUGAUGUACAGUCUAAACAAAGAUCGCCAAAAUGGUGCUCGUAUUGCCCCACUCAAUUUGAUACCAUUUUUGGAUUAAUAUCACACACAAAAAAGGUGCACAAUACUUUAUUAAUACAUGAAUGUUAUAGUUGCGAUAAAAUUUUCCAUUGUGUAAGCGAUCGACAAAUUCAUAUGCGUAAGGUGCAUGGUGUAACAAAAAAAGGAAAUAUCAUGUGUAAAUAUUGUCAAAUGAUCUCUCUAGAAUCUAACAUGAUUAUACAUUAUUUUCAAUGUAAAAGAGAAUAUUGGUUAAAAACUGGUGGUUUGAAUGAAAAUGUGUGCGCAAGUUCAAACGACGAUGUGGAUAAUACUCAUAACUUAACCCAUAAAGAUACAUCUAGCGAUUCUAAUGAAGUAACCGAUGAUGAAAUGACUGAAAUUGUUAAUCAAUCGUUAAAUCAACCUUCAGAUUUUUCGUCUUCUUUAUCUCAAUUGUAUUCUACUUACGAUUUAACAGUAUGCAAAGUGGUAUUGAAAGACGUGUUUAAAUGUAGUGAGAUGGAUUAUGACGAAAUUUGUGAAAGUAAUCAUAAUGAUGAAUCUAAUGAGAAUGAAGAUGAAGAGGAUAAUGAAGACGAAGAUAUACUGAAUAGUUCGGAAGAAAACAAAUCUGAAUCGAUGAUUAAAGUUAGUUUUAAAAGUACAAAAUUAAAUGAAUCUCAAAAUAAUGAUGGACGACAUAUUUUAAUCCAUCAACAAAUAAUUUUGAUGCCUGAAGCAAAUGGCGAUAAUAAAGAAACCUCUGAUGAUAUGGUUGUUGAUGACUUUGGUGAUGAUGAUGCAAUCGAUAUUGAUGACACUGGGUUUGACCCUAUGAUUGAAGAAUCUUUGCAAACAAACACUGUACCUUCUAAAGUAAUAGAUGAUAAUGUUGCUAUUAAAGAAGAAUGUAGUGCUACGGAAUUAGAAUCUCCAAAAAUAGAUCGAAUAAUUCUCAACACACCUAACAAAAUUGAACCGACAUCAAGCAACGUUAAAAUACAAUGUCCUUGUUGCAACCGAAAAUUUACAAACGACGAAAAUUUGGUUAAACAUCGCUUAAUGGUUCAUCGAAAUGUAUUAUACAAAAAUCAUUCGUGCAAUUUGUGUUUUAAACAGUUCUCCACAGAAUAUGAUAAGAUAAAUCAUAAAUGUAUGAAUUGAUCGGAAGCGUUUAUUAUUUGUAUUAUUUUUUUUUUUAUAAUUGUGUUAUAUUAAUUAUUUUCCAGAAAUAAAUUUAUUUU